CUUACUCAUUACUUACUAUCAAAAGGGGCAUCCGUGAACUUUCAAAAUGAAGUCGGUAUUUCUGUACUCCAUGAGGCCUGUCGGAAUAAUCAUGUUAAUGUUAUCAAAUUAUUACAUGACUUUGGAGCUGUAGUAAAUAUCAAAGAUGACAACGGUGAGACACCAUUGUCUCUAGCAUGUCGAAAUGGUUCAUUGGAAGCUGCAGAGCUUUUGAUUACUCUUGGGGCAAAUUUCAAUUCACAAGACAAUCUUGGAUGGACAGCUUUAUAUUCAUCCAUAUUUUCUGAGCAGAAUAGGAUUACUUCUUUCCUUAUUGAGAAGGGAUGCGAUAUUAACUUAACUACUAAUGACGGCGAAACUCCAUUAGCGUUAGCCUGUUUUAUUGGAAAUUCUGAUACCAUCAAAUCUUUAUUGGAAAAAAGAAUAAAUAUACAAAAUCAACUGAAUGGACUUUGGAAAGCUUGUCAAAACGGAAAUAAAAAUGUCGUCUCUUUACUAUUGGAUCAAGGACUUGAUAUAAAUUAUAGGAAUGAGAAUGGUCUGACAGCACUUCAUAUCAGUUGUGCACAUAGUAACUCAGAACUUCUUUAUUAUCUGCUCUUCAAAGGAGCAUGUCCAAACAUUCUCACCAAGGAUAAUCGAACUCCUUUGCAUAUUGCUUCAGAAAAUUUAUCCAAAGAAUGCAUCUUAAUUCUUCUACAACAUGAGGUAGAUGUGAAUGCACUAGAUAAAGAGAAUAAAACAGCAAUCCAUCAUGCAUGCCGAAAUCCAAAAACUGAAAGAUUUUUUACACAUGACAAAAGAGAAAAUGAUCGUUGCUUCCAUAGGAAAGUAAAUAAGUUAAGCGGUUCAAAGAAUUCUGCACAAAAUGUUAUUUCAUAUAACACAUCAGAUAUGACCAGAUAUAUAUUAGAAUAA